AUGGCAGAGCCUGCAGCUGUACCAACCGCCGACGACCGAUCCCGCUAUGAAACUCUCAAGAAAGAGCUCAUGCAGGCACUUCCAAAGAAGAGGGCUAUAGACAAACAAUUGGCCCACAUCGAAGUUCAAAUAUAUAAUGUCGAGGCCACUUACUUGGCCGAAACUGCGGUGCAUAGCGGUGGAAACAUUAUUCAAGGUUUUGAAAACUACUUGAAAAAUCAGACUGCAGGCCGGAGGAAAUUCGAGAUCCACGAUAGCGACCGCGUUUUCUCCAACAGCAGCUUGACGUACCAGAAGUCACUAGAUCUAAUGGGAGAAGGCGACGAAUCCACCGCUACAAAUGAUGAAUAUGUAAAACAGCCAACUCCUGGGCCUCUUACAACCAUCGCUGUUCCACCUGCCACUCGUACGCAAGAGUUAAGCGUGGCACAGACAAAGAAGAUAAAGGAUAGAGACUAUCAACGCAGAAAGCGCGCCAGCGCAAGCAUGAGCCAUAGGAGCACUGGGGAGAGUGACGAAGAGCUGGUGAGCGCAGCAAGCUGCUCCUCCAGAAGGCCCCCGAAGCGUGCACGACUAGUCGCCACAGACGACGACUAG